GUCGCUACAGUAUGUGCGAUGUUUCCAAACAUUCCUCCAGUCGCAGUACAAUACGAUCUUCAAAAGACAGGCUCUGUUGAAGUUACCUGUGACAAUAUUCUUCAACAUGGUGAACUAAUCAUUUUGUGUAUUGAAAUUAAACCUAUACUUACAUUUUCAAUUAUUCAUAUAACACAAAAGCCACCACCUACUGUUACUUCAUCAUUUGCAGUUCCUUCGACGUCUCACGCCUCCUCAUCGACAACGAGUGGGAUAAAUGUAUCUGUAACACAUCAAUCUCUCGUGGAUAGAUACAAACUACAAGAUGCAGUUAAAAAGGGCAUUGUUCCACCAGAUCCACCUAAAACAUGGGAAGCUACUCCCGAAAAAAGGCAAGAAUUACUGCAAAAGAAGAAAGAUGCAAUGAUUUUACAAGCUAGAGAAGCGCAACCUACUGAUGCCGAGCAAUUGGCAAAGUUUCGUGAAUCAUGGAACUAUAUCGAAUCACAAUUUAAUAACGAGGAAAAAAAAAAACAGCUUCCCGAUGACGUGAAACAGUCCGACAUUCCAUUUCAUCUCAAAGAAAUGGUGAAUAUUCUUGUUGACGAAGGUUUGCGACUCGAGGACGUGAAUACAGGUCUCUGCAGAGAAGAAUUUUUGAAAAGCAAAAUUCUCCAAAAAUUGGUUAACCUUGCUACUGACGAUGUUCCAAAAGGAAUUUGUGGCGAAAUUAUCCGGACUAUUGGUUCUAUGAUUAAUUUAUUAGAUGAUCGGUUUUUAGUUCAUAAUGCCGUUCAUCAACCGACUGUCUCCCUUAUGAUUAAUUUAUUGGAUGAUCGGUUCUUAGUUCAUAAUACCGUUCAUCAGCCGAAUGUUUCUCUUUUGCAAGAAAAAUAUGAAAAAUAUGAUGAAGAUCUUGUUGAUUUAAUGUAUAUCAUAUGUUCCAAAAUUCAUGAGUUUCCCGAACUUUUGAAUAUUUUCUUCCAUGAUACUCAUUGGCUUACGACACCACAAAAAGCUUAUCCAAAAAAAGAAUCAGAAAAUACCGCAAGCUUCUCAUCAAAUAGUAGUCAAGAUGGGAAUUUAGACGAUGGCUCCGCAUCUGCAAAUAGCACAAUGAAUUCAACCUCUGCAAAAACAACAGAGUUCACUAAAGAACCAGAAAAACGAGAAUACAAAUUUUUACUAUUUUCAUAUCUGCUUCAUUUUCUUCAUAGAGAAGGCAAAAGCGGUGAAUAUGCUAGAUAUGGCUUGCUUUUUAUUAUUGAGCUCAAAGAUGAGCAAUUAGGUGAAUUUAUUCUUGAAAGUGACUUUGCAACGAUCAUGGCUGCCGGAUUGGGCGCGCUAUAUUCACAAUUACCACGUAAAUUGAUGGUAAAAAGUUCGAGUGGUGGGUUGACUAAUGCCACUUUAUUAGGAUUCGGUGGUGAUAAUACAAGUGCUGAGUUAGAGAGACUGGCUUCAAAUGGAAUUGAAGUUUCUUCUUCGAAGGCAUUCAAAAUUCAACUUGAUUCAUUUUUGAAGUUACUGGAAUUUUGUCAGGAUGUAUUAAAUAUAUGUCCAAAUGUGGAUAUAUCUUUGGCCUUACUUCAAAAUGUUAAAAAUAUUUUUCUUGAAAAUAUUUUAUAUCCGUCGAUUUUGGAAUGUUCUGAUACGGAUGGUUCUGCCGUUGCUGUUAUUUCUUAUAUUGACAUUAUCAUGCAGACAUUGGAGCAAGAAGAAUUGGUUGACGUGGUGGUAGGUUUUUUAAUGGAUUCUGACGGUGAUGAUGAAGACUUUUGGAAACAACCGAUUGCCAAUAAAAUUGCAAAACGUCAAAGUACAAUAAAUCUGUUCGAGGGUAUUGAUUCUAAUACGAUCAAGUCUCCUCCCUAUUUCACAGCAAUCGGUCGGUUUACUCUCAAGGAUUUAAUAUUUUCACGUUUGCGAUCCUCAUCUCAACAAACCGUCAUUGCGACUUUAAAACUUCUUCAUACUGUUAUUUCUAAGCAUUGUCGAUAUUCUUUGAAAUUAUUGAACAUAGAAUUGGACGAAAAUGCUACAUGCUUUCCUAGACCAAAUUAUUUAUACGAGGAUUCAUAUUGUAGUGAGACGCAUGGAUCAAGCUUUGCUCAACCAAAAUUAACAACAAUUAGUCAUCAUUUGAAAGAACUUGACCACUUCUUUUCCUUAAUAGCUGCCAUUGAUCCAACUCCUCAAAACAUGGAAAUUUUUACGAAUGGAUAUGAUUCCUAUGUCCGUGAUGCAGAAAUGAUUAUAGAGGCGGAUCCGUGUUAUAUCAAUGGCCUGGACGUAGAAUGGACUGAAGAUGGUCCCACUAGACCAAAUUCAAAGAAAUCUGGUAGACAACGAUUCUUGACUUAUAGCCAAGGCAAAAAUGGCAAAAAGGGGGCAUCCAAAGGCAUGUCGGCAGUUCCGAAGCAUCGUCUUAACCCGACUGAUCGAUUAAAUCCGGGUGAUUCGCUCUUACAAAUUCUCCUUGGGACUUUAACAAAUUUCUUUGCUCAUUCACCAGAGUUAAACUUAGUUCUAACCGGUGUUCUUUCCGCUCUGGCUGUUUGUCCUUAUAGAUCGCUAGAAGGUUGGCUUGUAUUUAGCGGUACUGAUAGAUUAGAUAGUCGGCGAGAUGUCCGACGAGAUUCUCACAUAAGAGACUUUGAAAGUUUACAGCCUGGUGCAAAAAAUCUAGAAAUACCUCUCGGAAUAUCUAAUAAUGAAAAUAACGCUGUUGCUGAAGGAGAUGACAAACCUAUUAACGAAUUUGAUGAAGAUGAUGAUCGUUCAAUUGAUUUUGACGCAGACAGAUGUCCAUCUGCUACAAAGGCUAUCGGGGCUACUCCGAGAUGGACUAGUUACCCUCAAUUUUUCACUAUCUUUAAAACAUUGACUCAACAAGUCGAUUACUACCGCAGCGAAAUUGAAGGGUUUGAUCAAUAUCUUAAAGAAAGGAGGGGUGGCCUGUUAGAUGCUGAUGAUGAAAUUGAUGAAAAUUUCUUUAAGCAGCCUUAUCCCUCACGUACACCUACUAGAAGAAGUAGUACUUCUAAUCAUUCAGGCUCUGGCAUCUCGACUAAUACUAAUGCAAAAAAUAGAAAAAUGACAGGACAUAAAACACCAAAAAGAGCUGAAUCAAACACCAAUUUAAAUUCGCAGAUCGGUUCCUUAACUUUCAGGUCUUCGACUAUUACAUCUUCGAACAUUACCACUCCAUUUUCAACGCACUUCCAAAAAACAGAAGCCAUCAAAAUCCAUCCUCUAUUCCCAGCACACUUUACCAGGCAGAAGGAAACUAAACCUAAAGAGAUCACUUUAAGUACACUCCUCAACAAUGUUGUUAUUCUAGAGGAAGCUAUUAAAGAAUUGGUCGCUAUUGUACAAGUAAGGAGAAGUCUAGGCAUUGACGAAUAUAAAGCGGAAAGAAAAAAACAACUCGAGGAAGAUUAUCAGGAUGGUGUGUGA